ACACCCAUUUCCUUUCUAAUGAUACGUAUUUAUAUAAUCGAAGUGUUUUUCUCAUGCUCUUGUGGUAAAAAGUGACUCAUAAUUUAAUUAAAAAUGGCUACAAAUCCUACAAACUCUUAAAUAUUUUUGAAAACAUUGUAUUAUAAAGAGAGAAGAAAAUAUAUCAUCUUUUACAAUAGUUUUCUUACAGAUAAAAUGGCCAAGUCGGACAAUUUUAAAGAUCAUGUUAAGAUAGCUGAAGAAAAUAUUGUCUGUGGUGAUGCUUUGAAAGAAUACCUUGAACCUAGAUUCGAGUGUCCUAUUUGUUUAACUUGGCUGCGUGAUCCAGUUUUAACAUCUUGUGGUCAUAAAUUCUGUUCGCAAUGUAUAUACACUUGGCUUCAAAAAGAAGGUGCUUGUUGUCCAGUUGAUAGCAAAAGUUUAAAAUCUGAAAAUGAUUUAUUCAGAGAUUUAUAUACAAGCAGAGAGAUAUCACAACAACGAAUACCUUGUCUCUACCAACAAUUUGGCUGUGAAAUUAAAAUGUCCCCAAUGGAUAUAGAAGCACAUAUAAAUGGAUGCUCAUAUAAAAGAAGUUUGGCAGAUUCACAAACUGUCUAUUGUUCCUUUAAGAAUGUUGGUUGCAUGAAAACUUUUCAUACUGAGGAGGAUUUACAUGCACAUUUAGAAGGAAAUAUAAAUAUCCAUUUAAUUAUGAUCCUGAACAUAUUAACACAACUAUCUGUUUCAAAAAAUAACGUUGAUAAUAUAGCUGCAGAAUCUAAAUUAUGGGAUCCUCCACCAAAAAAUACAACUUCUAUAGAAAAAAACGAACCACCAUUAGAAUGGCAACACUUAUUAAAGAAUCUAUAUGAAAGGAUAGUGGUGCUGGAACAAGAAAACAAGGAACUAUCUAUAAGCAUUUCUAAUUACAAAACUCAACUCACAACUUUGCAAACUUCUUUACGAUUUAGCCAGGAAGAAAUGUCUUUACGUAGUUGUAAUGGAGUUUAUAUUUGGAGAUUACAUUGUUUUCAUGAGAAACUUGAAACCAUGAUGAAUGAUUCGUUAAAAAUGUUUUAUAGCCCUGGCUUUUAUACGAGCCCUAAUGGUUACAAGAUUUGUGCUAGAAUUAAUAUAUCUUCUAAAGAUCCUGAAUCUCUGUCACUCCUUCUGCAUAUAAUGAAGUCAGAAAAUGACGAUGGUCUAGAUUGGCCAUUCAAUGGAACAAUGUACUUUGUUUUGGUUCACCCAAAUAAUCGGGAGAAAGAUAUACGAGAAAUAACUUCAUCAAGACCAGAUCUUGAAGCAUUUAGAAAACCAAUAUGUGAACUCAAUAAGCGCAGUUUUGGUUAUACAGAAUUUGUGCGAAUACGAGAUUUAUCUGAUUUUUUGGAAAAUGAUUGUUUAAUUUUCAGGAUAGAAGUUCAUGUGUAUGAUAAAUUUAAAAUAUCAAUAUAAUUUAAAAAUGUUUGUGA